AAAAUCUAAUUACUUCAAAGUCCAUCUCAUUCUUCACUUUGACAUUCAGCUUUCACUCUCUCUCUCUACGCAGCACAACAAUGGCUGCCUUGAGAAAAUUAUUAUUACCCAAAAAUACAAGUGUUGUAAUAUCAAACUCUGCAAUUUUCCUUUCUCGCAGAGGCAUAGCUUCUAAGCUAUUUGUUGGAGGCCUCUCAUUUUACACCACAGAGAAGGCACUGUCAGAGGCAUUUUCUCAACAUGGUCAAGUUAUUGAAGCUAAAAUUGUGACGGACAGAGUCUCAGACAGAUCCAAGGGUUUUGGAUUUGUCACCUAUGCAUCUGAAGAUGAAGCGGAGAAGGCCUUGCAAGAAAUGAAUGGCAAGCCUCUUAAUGGACGAGUUGUCUUUGUGGACUACGCAAAGCCUAAAACUGAUGGUGGUGGCAUGCCAAUAGCCCGAGGUCCCCCUGAGCCACCAGUAGAACAAUGAAAGUUACCAAACAAACCACUCUGACUGUGUGCUGCUAGAGUUGCAAGCCUUGCUCUUGCAAAAUGAUUAAUCUGGAGAGCGUCGUUUCUCGUUUGGCCGGCAACCAAGAACUAUACAAAUAUAUUGUAAGUCAC